UGAGCCUUUUUCUUUCUCAAAUUGCAAUGGAGAGCCUUCUCUCGAGCUUCAUGGCUCGAACCAUGGCGAUCUCUCCAAUCCAAGGAGCUCUGCGGGCAAAUCUCUUCAACCCAAGAGAGAGGACGAUGAGCAGGCCCUUGACUAGGGCGCCUCUUCCAAAGACGAAGCAAUCCAGCACUGUCUGCAUGGCGGAACCUUAUCUGAUAUCAAAGUUGGACUCUGCUGAAAGAACUUGGAAGGAAUUGUCAGUAAAGCUGGCUGAUCCUGAUGUUGUUUCAAAUCCUGCUGAGUACCAAAAGAUUGCACAGUCUAUGGCAGAGCUUGAUGAGGUUGUGUCGAACUAUAGGAAAUUCAAGGACUAUGAGAAACAGUUAGAAGAAACCAAAGCUUUAGCAAAAGAAGAUGGAACUGAUCCGGAAAUGCAAGAGAUGAUUGCAUAUGAAAUCGAAACCUUAUCUAAACAGCUGAAAGAGUUUGAGGAAAAGCUGAAGGUACUAUUGCUUCCUAGUGAUCCUCUGGAUUCACGCAAUAUAUUACUUGAAGUAAGGGCAGGAACUGGUGGUGAUGAGGCUGGGAUAUGGGCUGGUGAUCUUGUUCGCAUGUAUCAAAAGUAUAGUGAACUUAAUUCUUGGAAGUAUACUCCAGUUUCUAGUUCAGAGGCAGAAAAAGGUGGAUACAAGACAUACGUGAUGGAAAUCAAAGGCAAACGGGUAUACAGUAAAUUAAAGUAUGAGUCUGGUGUUCACCGCGUUCAACGUGUGCCCCAAACUGAAACGCAGGGCCGAGUGCACACAUCAACUGCAACAGUUGCAAUUAUGCCGGAGGCUGAUGAAGUUGAGGUGGUGAUUGAUCCAAAAGAGAUAGAACUUACAACAGCAAGAUCUGGAGGCGCUGGAGGGCAGAAUGUCAACAAAGUUGAGACAGCUGUUGACCUUUUCCAUAAGCCAACUGGCAUACGCAUCUUCUGCACUGAAGAGAGGACUCAACUCCAGAACAGGAUUCGUGCACUUCAGUUGCUGCGUGCAAAACUUUAUGAGAUUAAAGUAAGGGAACAACAAGAAUCAAUAAGAAACCAGAGGAAAUCACAGGUUGGGACUGGUGCUCGUUCUGAAAAAAUCAGGACGUACAACUAUAAGGAUAAUAGAGUGACUGAUCACCGUCUUAAGAUGAAUUUUGAGCUCACUUCCUUCCUCUCUGGAGUCAUUGAAACAGCUGUUCAGGCAUGCAUGGCAUUGGAACAAAAGGAGCUCCUGGAAGAACUGGCAGAGUCUGUCAGCACAAGAAGUUCUUGAGCCAUUAGCAGAUCUAAACCAAGGCCACAUAUCCAUCCAUUGACAAAGAAUCGUAUCUGAAGAUCAGACAUGCAAAUAAUGGCCCAGAGGAAUCAUGUUCAGUAACCCCACAACGGCAGAGAAUGGCCCUGCAAAUUAAAGCCAUAGAUUUUGAAACCUUCAAAGAUAUAUGUUAACCAUUUCAACAAAAGAUCUUGAAUAUACUCCACUGUAACUGUUCUGCAAAAGCUAUAAUUUUUUGACCGAAGUAUCAAUGAAUCAAUGCUGAACAAUCCCAAAUUGUUAAUUUUUAUAAUUCUCUUCA